AUGUCGGAAGGGUUCGCAAUCGAACUGUACUUGGAUCCGGCGUUGGAGAACCAGGUGCUGAAGGCGUGGAACGUCCUCGCGCGGCGACAAAUCACCACUCACCUCAUCGAGAUGGAGUCGCGCCCUCACAUAACGCUCUUCUCCGCCUCCUUUCUCGAUCCUUCCAAGCUCGAAUCGCUCCUCAGAACCUUCGCAUCCAAACACGACCCUCUCCCUCUCUCCUUCUCCUCCGUUGGCACCUUCCCCAACCACGCCGACAACCUCCUCUUCCUCGCCCCCACACCCUCCCUCUCCCUCCUCCAAUUCCAGUCCCACCUCUGCGACGCCAUCAGAAAAGAAGGCGUCGAGGUCGCCGACGAUUUCGCCUUCAAUUCCUGGAUACCGUACUGCUCCGUCGCCCACCACGUCCCCAAAAACAGAAUGCCCGAGGCUUUCUCGCUCUUGCGGGAACUGAAAUUGCCGGUUUCCGGUUACGCUACUGAUAUCGCGCUCGUGCAGUUCUCUCCGGUUCGGGAACUGUCUUCGUUUGUGCUCGGUAACAAUGUCGACUCCUGA